CGUGAUUCUCGCGAGAGUGCGAGCGGAAUAUGGCAGAUGGCUCUUCCUCAAAGGGUGUGUGAGUGUGUGUCGUUUGUUUACCGUUCGAUGCGUCGCUCCGGUGUGUGUUUCAUUCCCGUCCGUCUCCGUUGAGUCACCGGACAGUGUUCAUGUUCUGCGGGCGGCUGCUGUCCACCGUUCAUCUGUGUAAAUAUGACGGGAGAGAAGAUCCGCUCGGUGCGCAAAGAGCGCAAGGCGGGUUUGGAUCUGCUGGAACCGGACGAGGAGCCAGCGGCCACCGGGAUCAAAGCCCACCGGAGCAGCAAGAUCCUCAGCGGCGGAAACCACAAGAUCCUCCGCUCCAGCUCGCAGCAGAACCAGAACCACGGCGACACUGACGGCGCGUACCCCGUGCAUGAGUGCGUGUUCCGCGGGGACGUGCGGAGGCUGUCCUCGCUCAUCCGGACACAGAACAUCGCGCAGAAAGACGUGCACGGAAACACCCCCCUUCAUCUGGCCGUUAUGAUGGGUCAUAAAGAGUGUGCCCAUCUGCUGCUGGCCCAUAAUGCACCAGUGAAGGUGAAAAACGCUCAGGGAUGGAGUCCACUCGCCGAGGCCAUCAGCUACGGAGACCGACAGAUGAUCACGGCUCUGCUGAGGAAGCUAAAACAGCAGUCACGAGAGAGUGUGGAGGACAAGAGACCACGUCUGCUCACAGCACUGAAAGAGCUGGGGGACUUCUAUCUGGAGCUGCACUGGGAUUUCCAGAGCUGGGUGCCUUUACUCUCACGGAUUUUACCCUCCGACACCUGCAAGAUCUACAAACAGGGCAUCAACAUCCGUCUGGACACUACACUGAUCGACUUCAGUGAUAUGAAGUGUCAGCGAGGAGACCUGAGCUUCAUCUUCUGUGGAGACGCCGCUCCCUCCGAAUCCUUCGUGGUUCUGGACAACGAGCAGAAGGUUUAUCAGCGGAUUCAUCACGAGGAGUCAGAGAUGGAGACGGAGGAGGAGGUGGACAUCCUGAUGAGCAGCGACAUCUACUCCGCCACGCUCUCCACCAAAUCCAUCACCUUCUCUCGCGCUCAGACCGGCUGGCUCUUCCGAGAGGACAAAACCGAGCGAGUGGGGAAUUUCCUGGCGGAUUUCUACAUGGUGAACGGCCUGGUUCUGGAGUCCAGGAAGAGACGCGAGCACCUGAGCGAGGAGGACAUCCUGAGGAACAAGGCCAUCAUGGAGAGCUUCAGCAAAGGAGGGAGUAUCAUCGAGCAGAGCUUUGAGCCGGUGAGGCGUCAGUCGCUGACCGCUCCGUCUCCGAACACGAUCUCCUGGGAGGAGUACAUCACCGCUGAGACGGGAAAGGCUCCUCAUCUGGGCCGAGAGCUCGUGUGCAAAGAGAACAAGAAGAACUUCAAAGCAACCGUAGCCAUGAGUCAGGACUUCCCUCUGGGCAUCGAGUCGCUGUUAAAUGUUUUGGAGGUCAUCGCACCCUUCAAGCACUUCAACAAACUCAGAGAAUUUGUUCAGAUGAAACUUCCGCCUGGAUUUCCUGUCAAACUAGACAUCCCUGUUUUCCCCACCAUCACUGCCACCGUGACCUUUCAGGAGUUCCGUUACGACGAGUUCGACAACUCCAUUUUUACGAUUCCCAACGACUACAAGGAGGAUCCCAGCCGCUUCCCAGACCUCUGAGCGUCCCGCGUCCCCCUUCAUCUCCCUCCAGACCUCGCAGGUGGAGAGGACACACUAGAUGUCAUGUGGACACUAAGGGAUCGUGCAUCACUACAUGAUGGAGCUUUGGACCGAGCUCCUCACCAGAAACACGGAGCGCGUCGCUUCACAUCCCCUCUGUGUAACUGGCAGGAAAUACGGCAUUAUAAAUUAUUACACAAGCCACGUUUUCAUUUAUAUCUUUGUUACAAACUUGUAUACUUCACUUAAAGGAAGCGUGUAAACUUGGCGUCUGUGUAUGAUUUGAAACCCAUCACAGAAAGCAAUGUAUAUGUACAUUUCUUAGUGUAAAUACCACUUCCUCCUCCAGAUCUUUUGCUUGCUGCAUUAUGGGAAACGGGC